AUGGCUCCCAGUGUGUGUGGUGUGUCUCUGGCUGUGGUGGUGGUGUUAGUGACCCUGGUGUCUCCUGGUGGUGCCUGCCCUCGGCCCUGCUCCUGCUACCAGCCCACUGAACUACACUGCACCUUCAGGUCCCUGCUCACCAUACCACAGCUUCUACCACAACAUACACUACACAUCAACCUAGGGUUCAACAGUAUCAGCAGGAUCCCAGACAGCUCAUUAGCUGGUCUGAGGAGGCUGGAGCAGCUGAUGCUUCAUGGGAAUGACAUCCGUGAGAUUCCUGACCGAGCGUUCCAAGAUCUGUCCUCACUUCAGGUCCUGAAGCUAAGUUAUAACAAGCUGAGGGAGAUCUCAGCAGAGAGCUUCUCAGGCCUGUCCUCACUACUGCGCCUCCACCUGGAUCACAACCAGCUGCAGUUCCUGCACCCCCAGGCCCUGCUCCGCCUCCCCAACCUCAGACUGAUCCGACUGCAGGGGAACCGGCUCCACCAGCUGCACCCGCAGGCCUUCUGCACUCUGUCCCUACUGCAGACAUUCUGCUACUCCACCCUCAGGCAUCUGGAUGUGUCCAACAACAGUCUAACUAUCCUGCCUAGGGACACACUGAGGACUGCCCCUCUUCUGGAGUCCCUGGCUCUGCAGGCCAACCCUUGGACCUGCGAUUGCAGCAUGGCUUGGAUGCAGGCCUGGAGCAUCUCUCACCCAGGGGUGUUGAAAUGUCCGGGGCCGCAUUGCCUGGUCUGUGCCUCACCCAAACACAUGAAGGGUCGUGGCCUUUUGCAGCAGAAAGACCUAUCCUGCACCUCGCCUGUCAUCUCCACCAAUCCCAGAACCUCAUCUCAGGAGGAUGGCGAAGUUCAACCAAUAGAAACCUUUAGAGAGGCUUUAGGCAACGCCUCCCUGGGGAUGUACAGACAGACAGCAGAGAAGGAGGGCUACUACCAUACAGGGGUCAGGGCCAGUAUUCAAGCCCAGCCUGCCUGGUUACUGCAGCCCCAUGUCAGUCUAGAGCUCAACAGAGCUCAGUCCAGCGCACACAGGGUUAAACUGACCCUGUCCACCCUGGUGUCUGCUCCCCCAGACCCACCAUUCCCACACUCCUGGGUCCUCAUCCAGACCAACCACACCCACACAGCUUUUACUGCAGCUGCAGAGAGACAGAUCCACCUGCCCUGCCCUGUCCUCAGCUCUAUUGGAGACCUAAGCUCUGAAGACCACAGCCUCCAAUGGGUUUUCCCAGAUGGUUCAACAGUCUCCUCUCCCUACCGCAGCCCAGAUGGUAGGGUCCGGGUGUCUGGCCAGGGGCUGGUCCUGCAGAGAGUGGAUCACUCUGAUGCUGGACUGUACUAUUGCGUGGCCCGGGCGGGGGGAGAUGUUGAUGUCCUCCCCCUCCGUCUGGCGGUGGUAGAAUCAUCCAAUCCUCCCCCAGGGGAGGAGCUAGGCCCGGCUGUGACUGGAUUGGUUGGAGACCCUGUCAGUCUGCCGUGCGAGGCCUCUGGUACACCAAGGGUUGAGGUGAACUGGGUUCUUCCUGGCGGGAGAGUGGUAGGGAGUAGGAACGAGGCGAGGAGAAAGGACGAGGCAGGGGUUACUGUCUUGGCCAACGGUACCCUGUCUCUCCCCAUCCCUGCGCUGGGAGAUGCAGGCCUGUACCGGUGUGUAGCGGUGAACCAGUACGGUGCUGACUCUCUCUCCACCAGACUGACGCUCACCCCGCAUCCUUCUGACACCUCAUCACGUAUGAGAUAUCCCAUAAGGCCACAAUCUGCGGCGGGGGUGUCCAACAGGGUACGAGCCCCUCUAGGGGAUGAGGAGAUUGAAGAGGGGGGGUCAGGACAUGAUGAGGGGGAGAACAUACAGCCCACCAGGGCAGGUUACAACAGGACAUGGCGUCCCCCCACCAGAUCCCACAUGGUGAGGGUGGAGGGAAGCAGACCACCCCAAAAGGGCAAGAAGCCCUUGAGGAGAGGCUUCCCUGUGGAGCAGAGGAGGAACAGGUUGGAGGGUCGGCGGAGCUUUAACCUGGCCAAGCACAAAAUAGACCCUCAGAAAUGGGCUGACCUGCUGACUAAGAUACGUGAAAGGACUGCCCCUAAAAUCACAGACUCCCUGUAUGUACCACCCCCGACAAGAGCACAUACUACCACCUCAGCCCCAACUGAAGCACAGACAACCACCUCAACCCCAACUGAAGCACAGACAACCACCUCAGCCCCAACUGAAGCUCAGACAACCACCUCAACCCCAACUGAAGCACAGACAACCACCUCAGCCCCAACUGAAGCACAGACAACCACCUCAACCCCAACUGAAGCACAGACAACCACCUCAGCCCCAACUGAAGCACAGACAACCACCUCAACCCCAACUGAAGCACAGACAACCACCUCAGCCCCAACUGAAGCACAGACAACCACCUCAACCCCAACUGAAGCACAGACAACCACCUCAACCCCAACUGAAGCACAGACAACCACCUCAGCCCCAACUGAAGCACAGACAACCACCUCAACCCCAACUGAAGCACAGACAACCACCUCAGCCCCAACUGAAGCACAGACAACCACCUCAGCCCCAACUGAAGCACAGACAACCACCUCAAUCCCAACCAGAAUACAGACAAAUAGCAGACAUACAGAAAGCAAUCACACAACCAGAACAAAUCCAAAUGUAUUGGACUCAGAGGCUGAUACCUCAAAGAGUUCUUCCAUAGAUGUCCUCAGUCUACAGGAAGAGUGGUUAAACCUCACCCAUACAUCACUAAUCCCAGAUCUGCUAACAAAGGAUAGAGUGGCCCCAGAGACACCAAACACUUCAGAUUCGAGCAAUAACUUCCCCCAGAAACCUAAGUCAAACACAGACACAGAGACAGGGACAGAAACAGAGACAGAGGGUUCUCUUAAAAGCACAAAGCCAACCUCCAAUGUCAAUUACACUAGCGCAGAGGAAAGGAGACAGAGUGUUAUCCCUGUAAGGACUACAGGUGAGGGGGAGAGGACUGGAACAACAUACUCUGGAAAGGUAAUGUUCUCCAACUCUGUUCCGUCGCGACCCAGAAGCCCCUGGAAUGCCAGCAAUAGGCCUGGCCAGAGGAGACGCAUCAACAGACUCAGAGGACGACUCAUGCCCCCAGGUCCAACCUCCCCUCUCCAGAAUAACUUAAGUCCCACUACCACCAGAGCAGCACUUACAAAGCCCAGGAAACUGACAGCACCUGCUACAACCAUUACUAUAAGCACUACUACUACUACUACUACUACUACUACUACUACUACUACUACUCCAUCCUUAACUAGGAUCACUGCUCCAUCAAGCACAUCUGUCUCCCCCCCUGUCUUCCUUUCUGCCUCGCCCCCUUCGCCCCAGACAUACACAGACAGGGUGACUCACUUAACAAACACUGCUGCUCGGCUCCCUGACAGGUCCCAAGCGACUAUCACACACACACGCACACACACUAGCAUACACACAGGCAAACAUACACCCACAGUCACUCACAGUCACACAGAAAAACAGAGUUAUGCUAUAACAGACGGUCAGGUCUUGGCCACUCUAAAAGAACAGGAUCCAUCUGUCUUCAACCAACACAACCCAGAGGAUGUCAAAGCAACUACCACUCGGUCUGGAACCACACCAGGUGGAACAACACCUACUGGUACUGAGAAAGAACCCAGUGAGAUAGAAUCCAGUGAGAUAGAACCACUCUACCCAGAAACCAAGGAAGAACUCAGUGAGAUAGGACCACCAGCAACUGAAAAAGAACCCAGUGAGAUAGAACCACCAGCAACUGAUGAAGAAGAACCCAGUGAGAUAGAUCCACCAGCCACUGAAAAAGAACCCAGUGAGAUAGAACCAUCAGCAACUGAUCAAGAACCCAGUGAGAUAGAACCACCAGCAACUGAUGAAGAACCCAGUGAGAUAGAAGCACCAGCAACUGAUGAAGAAGAACCCAGUGAGAUAGAACCACCAGCAACUGAUGAAGAACUCAGUGAGAUAGAACCACCAGCAACUGAUGAAGAACCCAGUGAGAUAGAACCACUUUACCCAAUCACCGAAGAAGAACCCAAUAAGAUAAAACCAGUCUAUCUAGCACCUGAUGCACCAGAGGAGAGACAGCCAGAGUCAGAAAUAGACAGCUCUUUUUCAUCUACAAAACAACUACUGCCCCCAACUACAGCUAAUACAGCAGCUAUCACUGCUUCAGCCAUCACCUCCUCUACAGUCAUCACCUUUAUUAGAAGAACUACCACUAUAACUAUUCCUACAACUACUACCACUACACCUACAACUACUACCACUAUUCCCACAACUACUACCACUAUACCUACCACUACUAUACCUACAACUACUACCACUAUUCCUACAACUACUACCACUAUUCCUACAACUACUAUUCCCACUCCUACUACCACUCUUACUAGUACAAUAGUCUGGAGGAACCCAGGAGUAAACUCCAUCCCAGACUCACAUGGUAGUCGCUACCGCCCCCCAUCUUACCCCACCUACUCGCAACACUCCAGCAGCCGGCACCCCUAUGUCAUCACUAGGCCUGACCCAGUAAGAACUCCACUUCAAACGCCACCCCCUAUAAAACACACACCCUCUCUACCACACCCUAUCAAGCCCAAACUUCUUCUCCCAGACAUUUUAGAGAUCCCUUCCUCUGUAGUCCCCACCACCAGAGCUCCCUUCAGCUCCCCAAAGACCUCCCCACCCACCACAGACAGUCAGGCUGGACUCAACCCUGAGUCCACUCUUCCUCAUUCCCCUCCCGCGUCUCCAGCCCAUAGUGUGACUGCCCAACGCCCCCCUCAGACCUCCGUCUUGCGUGUCCGGCCCCGUAUCGCUCCCCCUCACAUGCGCCCCAUGUCUGUCCCAGCUGAGAUUGAUGCCCUCCUGCCCUGUGAGGUCAUUGGACAGCCUCCUCCAACAAUCACCUGGACCAAGGUCUCCACAGGAGCUGUGAUGUCACUGGACUACAAGGCAGAGCGUUUCCAGGUCCUACCCAACGGAACCUUUCUCAUCCGGAGCGUGCAGGUCCAGGACCGGGGGACAUAUAUCUGCAGCGCACAGAACUCUGUGGGCCUGGACCGUGCCAUGGUGACCCUGGAGGUCUGGUCCCACCCACCCCGGAUUCAGCUACCCAACCACAGAGAUGCAACGGUGCACCAGGGGGGUGAGGUGAGGUUAGAGUGUCGGGCUCAGGGGGUGCCGGUUCCUCUGCUGUCCUGGGUGCUACCUGACCUCUCCGUUCUAACCCCUGACCCUAACCCCAACCCUGCGCUUGGAACUCACCCCCGGGUGUCUAUAUUCCCAAAUGGUACUCUGCGUAUCUUGGUGGCCGGCCCAGCAGACAGAGGACUGUAUCGCUGUGUAGCCUCCAACCUAGCAGGGGCUGGCAGUCUGUCAGUCCGACUCCAUGUGUCCUCUCUUCCUCCAGCCAUCCAGGAGCCCAGAGAGGAGAAGGUAACCCAGCCCGCUGGUUUGCCUCUCUACGCCCAAUGCUCUGCCCGGGGAGCUCCCCCUCCCUCCAUCCGCUGGAGGACACCUGACGGCACCUUUCUGCUCCCCUCUCAAUUCCUCAACGGGAACGUGUUUGUCCUCCCCAAUGCCACCUUGUUGAUACGCAAGCUAGCCACUAAGGACUCUGGGAGCUACGAGUGCCUGGCGACUAAUGCGGUGGGCGGGGAUAAGAGGACGGUGAGGGUGGAGGUGACUGGAGAUGGAGGAGAAGCUAGGAUCCUCUCCACCUCUCCAUCCAGUUCUAUAGUCUUUUAUGGUGAAUCUCUGCUCCUUUACUGUUCAGCAACCGGCAACCCAGAGCCUAGAGUGGUGUGGAGGGUACCUGGCAAGAAACUAGUGGAUGCCCGUUACAGUUUUGACAAGAGGAUAAAGGUGCACAGUAAUGGAACGCUGUAUAUCCAGUCCGUGACGGAGAAAGACGGGGGGGACUAUUUAUGUGUCGCGCGAAAUAAGAUGGCUGACGAUUUCCGCCUCCUCCAGGUCACCGUGGCAACAAAGCCUGCUAAGAUUGAGCCAAAGCAGCCAUCCAAUCAGAAGGUGGUAUCGUACGGAGCAGCUCUAAAGGUAGACUGUCUGGCGACCGGCCAGCCCAACCCCGCGGUAAGAUGGAGCCUCCCGGAUGGAACCUCAGUGAAAAGUGUCCUGUUGCAGGUGGAAGAGAGUGGGAGGCGCAGCCGGCGACUGGUGGUUUUUGACAAUGGAACACUGUUCCUCCCCUCGGUGGGGAUGGGGGAGGAGGGGGAGUAUGUUUGCCACGCUGAGAACCAUGGGGGGAGGGACACUAUGAGUGUGAUGGUCAAAGUCCUCGCCUCACCUCCCUCCUUCCCCAGUACCAAAUAUGAGGUCAUCAAGGUGCAACAAGGGGGCGCAGUGGCUCUGAACUGUGGGGCUAAAGGAGAGCCUGUCCCGACGAUCACAUGGCUCUCUCCAAUGAAUCGUGUCCUCCCAGUGGAAGCAUCAGGUCCGGUUGUGGUGCAGCAAGACGGGUCCUUGGUGAUCCAGGGGGCUAGAGGGGCUGACGGAGGAAACUACACCUGCCGAGCCAGCAAUGCUGCUGGGGAGAGGAGCAAGGUGAUGGGGGUGGAGGUGAUGGUGACACCACCCAGCUUCACUCUCAAUGGGGCUGGGGGUGGGAUCAAUGGGGCAGACAGACAGAUAGCUGUUGUUAGUGGUAGUGGACUGAGUGCUGUGAUCUCCAUCAGUCAGUCUGCAGGGAGGGAUCAUAGGGUCAGUGCAGGUAAUUGUGUCAGUAAUAAUGGAGACUGUAAAGUAGGGGACCAAAGGGUCUCAGCAGUUAGAGGCCAGACAGUUCUUCUGCCAUGUCCAUCCCAGGGCUUCCCUCCCCCCCACCUGGCCUGGUUGCUGCCCGGUAACGGGGUUCUCCCGGUGCCCUACUAUGGCAGCAGACUCACCGUGCACCGCAAUGGAACACUGGAGCUGAGGGGGGUGAGGGCAAGCGACUCCGGCAUGCUGGUGUGUGUCAAUCGUGGCGAGAGGGGUGAGGCUCGGAUAAUGGUACACCUGGAUGUCUCAGACACAAAGGACAUACCUCACUCCAGAGGCCCAGUGACCACCGAGAAACGUUUCCCAGUAGGCCCAGUUAGCAAAGAGCAACCGCGCCCAGUAGGCCCAGAACAACCUCAUCCAGUAGUCCCAGUCAGCAGAGAGAAACUUCGCUCAGGAGGCCCAGACAGAGAGGACACACCUCGCCCCAGAGGCCCAGUGACCACAGAGAAAUCUCACCAGGAGACACCUCGCCCUACAAGCCCAGUCACCAAUGAGAAACCUCACUUAGGAGGCCCAGUCAGCACAGAGAACCCUCUGCCAGGAUUCCCAGUCCAAGGGGGCACACCUCACCCAAGAGGCCCAGUGCCAGAGGCAGGGAGGAGUGUUGUCCUGGAAAGGAAGCCUGUGGUCACCAGCAUAUCAGGCUCUCUGGUCAGCAUCAUCAACGGAGACAAUCUACAGCUACCCUGCCCCCAGACAGACAGCCCCAGUCAGGGUUCCAGCCAGACAGAGUCUCUGACCUGGAAGUUGCCAAGCGGGGUGGUCGUGUCUCGGGGCCAGGCGGCAGGGACGGGUCGGUACUCAGUCCUGGAUGACGGGACUCUGACGGUGCAGCAGGUAUCUGUGUUUGACAGGGGGACCUACUCCUGCCGAUCCACCAAUCAGGACACAUCAUCUAUCCUGACAGUUCCAGUGAUUGUCAUUGCCUACCCUCCUCGCAUCACCAACGGACCCCCUCCCCUCACCUACACCCGUCCUGGUGUUGCCGUUCAGCUAACCUGCUACGUCAUAGCAACCCCCAGAGCGACCAUCACCUGGGAGAUGCCGGACCAAUCCCAGCUCAGGGUCACAGGUCAGGCCCGUCUCUAUGGUAACCGGUACCUGAGUCCUCAGGGUUCCCUGGUGAUCCAGAACCCGACCAGCAGAGACACAGGUUUCUACCGUUGUUCUGCACGGAACGUCAUCGGAACUGACACCAAGGCCUCUUAUCUACAUGUGAUCUAACAUAACACACACAUCAUUUUUGCCCAAAGAAACUGCAAAGUUGAGUGUAGAAGAUACUGUUCAACUAAAGACUGAGGUGUUGAUUAAAGAUUGUAAAUAGAGAUAAAAACAAACACAUGCAUCUUACAGCCAGAGUGUGUUAAAGAUGUACAUGAAAUCAGCAGCUGAGAAGCACCAGCAUCCAUCAUCAAUAAAUAAAGUGUCAACACAAACUAUACCAGGCUUUAAGAGCAUCAGCUCUCAAAACACGUCAUGCAAUAGAACACAUUCAGCUCUGUAUCACAACCUGUAUGUUUAUGUCAACCUGCCCUAUUUAUCUUGUUGUAUAGUUGUGUACUGUUGAGCAGAGCAAAUGUUUGAUAGUGGUCACAGAACUGCUCCAGUGAUAGUUCUGUGGAGCCUCAGGGGUCUGCAGCCCUCUGUGUCUGCAGCUCUCUGUGUCUGCAGCUCUCUGUGUCUGCAGCUCUCUGUAUCUGCAGCUCUCUGUGUCUGCAGCUCUCUGUGUCUGCAGCUCUCUGUGUCUGCAGCUCUCUGUGUCUGCAGCUCUCCAACCCUGCAACCUCGACCACUCUUCCAGUCAUAGGCUAUACAUACGUCCCAGAUCAUGUCAAAUAAACACAACAGUUACCAAGUCUUUGAAGAUGGUAUUUGUAGUAAUUACAUAUGUUUCAUAUAGAGUAGCAUAGAUUUUUGUGUGGCUCCAGUGUUACAUUAAGUAUGUGUAAUAUCCAUGUGAAAGCUGAUAUCAUUCAUGUUUUCAUUUCAUUUAAAUUAUUUGUCUGUAAAGACUUUGAUGUAAAGUUGUUAUGUUGUGCCUCUUGUCAUAAAGAGAGAGAUGUACUGUAUAUCUAAUCUCUCAAUAGCCUUUUUAAGUUAUGCUUUAUUUUCAACUGCUUUAUUUGAUAAAUAAAGGAGAAGAGGAAUUCAGUCUGCUCAUCAAAA